UUCAAGUCCAUAUUGUUGAUAUGACUGGCUAACUACAAUGUUAACUAGGAGCUAGCUAACAUUGUAUGUAGUUGGUUGCUUUUCCAUAGUAGUUAAGUAGUUUAAACCUUGUACUAGACAUAGUUUUAUUUAUGAUUGUUAAUCAAAUAUACACAGACUGCGAAGCCCUCAACGUGUUGUGUUUUUGUGUUCUUCUGAUCUUGCUUUUUUGUCUGCCUGCCUGUUUAGUAGUCAGUCAUUUCUAGCUACCCCUCUUUGUGUGCUCAAAAAUUCAAGGCUUAUUUUCAAUUUCAGACGACUGCUGGCUGACUCACGACUUAUCGAGCAAAAUGCAAGAUUAGUUUUUCUUCACGAAAGGGAUGACGACUGCUGGCUGACUCACGACUUAUCGAGCAAAAUGCAAGAUUAGUUUUUCUUCACGAAAAGGAUGAUUGAUUACUUUGCUGCUGGAGUGAGGGAGCAGGCAGGCAGGCAGGCAACAGGCAAAAAAACUGAGCGCUCCGCAAGCAACGAGGCAGACUUGUGGAGAGUCUGAACUGAAGACAUGAGACUGGGUAUCGCUUCUCGGCCUUUGGGCUAAGAUCAAGUCCCACAAGUGUUGCUGCGAACUUUGGAAGAGGAUUUGGAACAUCGUGGUAGAGAGCAACAAGAGAAGGGUGAGUUUCAUGCGUCACUUGUGGGACAUUCUCCCUGUUAGGACCUGCAGGUACGACGACCAACGCCCACUGCCGCAGGUACCCUAGCAGGGAAAGAGCUUUGGCUUUUGGCUUUGGUCACUGGCAUAAGCUGUUUGCUUUGGCCUUUGGCUUUGGUCAUUAGCUGAAGCAUGGCCGAGAAGCUUGCUCCCGGGGGCUCUGUGCCCUACGGGAGUGAAGAUCUCGAUAACAUUGAGUCAAGCUCAGAGGACGGCACAGAAGACGAACUUGAGCGUCUUGUUCUCCACAAACGUGCCAUGAGAUACCAUCCACAUACAGAACAUACCCCCAAUCGCCGCUCAUCUCAUAGCCGCCCGCCACCAAAAAAACCCGAGGCACCAGUUCCGAGAACCUAUGCAGCCCUGGCGGCUGCUGCCACAGUCAACGAGAUUUACGUCGGGAGAUCAGGCAACCUGCGCUCCCAUGUCCCUAAUGGCCGUCACAGGCCCCGAACGCUGUGCGUUCAUUCCCGUGAAGGAGCAAUCGAUGUGAAAGCUCUCAUCGGAAAGUUACAGGAGAUUGCCCUCAUUCCGCAGCAAACUGGAAGACUACCAAACGGUGAUCUUCAGAUCACCUUUGACAGCCAGCGGGACAAAGAGAGAUUCUUGGGCCUCUGCUUUGUCCAUGUUCCUAGACGACAAUGGGCCCCCGGUCUUGCAGACCCACCAGCCAUAUGGGUGAGGGCCUUUGGGAAGCUGAAGGAGCUCAGCCUCGAGGUGAUCAGGCGUAAGUUUGGCAGCUUCGGACAGGUCCUGUUUGCCCGGGAGAACAAUCAUCCUGGGACAUCAAUCCUGAACGGUAUUGUGACCAUGAAAAUGGUCAUUCAACAGCCAAUACCCAGCUUUGUACACCUAGGCCCGUAUUGUUUGAUGGUGCGCCAUGAUAGGCAACCGCAAACCUGUCGCAGGUGUGACAGUAGGGGCCACCUUGCUGCAAUUUGCAGCAUAAAAAGGUGCUACAAUUGUGGGGGACACGGCCACAUUAACGCGGACUGUCAUGAGGACAGCCGCUGCCAGGGAUGUGGGUCAACUGAUCACCACAUUGACCAGUGUGAUUCCUCAUGGGCUCCCGAGGGGGACACGGACCUGAAUGAGCUGCCAAAUGGUCGCAAUUCCACCACCCCAUCGAAUGAGGAAUCGACUCCCGAUACAGCAGUCAAUCUCCCCGAAGCCGACAACUCGGAUGCAGCAGUCACUACUUUUGAGAACCCAACUGAUCUUGAUGAUUCUAUUCCUACUGGGGAAGAAGCACCGAUGCUCGGCACCGUAGCUGACACUGAAACCGCUGUUGUUGCUCCAGAUGAACCUGCCAACACUCGGAGCUCGCCUCCCCAGGAAGAAAAUGGACAGCAGGUGAAGAACUGGUACGAUCCACCAAUACCAUUAUCAGACGGUAUGAACUCCUCUUCUACGCUCUCUACUCCUGUCCCUUCCUUCAACCAAGGCUCUGUCGAGGCUGGUGUCCCUGCGGCUUCAAAGAGGUCCUUCCAAGACUAUAAUGUCUCUGACAUUUCCGCCGUGCGAAGGCCCUCUACCAAAAAGAAGUCGAAGGGUCGUUCAGCUCGACAACCAACCCCUUCCUAAUGACCGAUGAUUUUGGAACUCCCCUCCCCCAGUGAGUGAUGGCAACAAUAAAUAUAUUAUCAAUAAAUGUCCACGGACU